AUGCGAAAGUUGGAAUGGGACGACAUGGGAGUGAAGGUUGAUGGUCGGCAGCUACACCAUUUGCGGUUUGCACAUGACAUUGUACUGAUAACACCUAGCAUCAGCCUAGCGGAACGAAUGCUGACCGAAUUCGACGAAACAUGUGGAUGCAUCGGUCUUCAGCUGAAUCUACAAAAGACGAUGUUCAUGCGGAACGGAUGGGUCUCGGAUGCCCCAUUCACGCUCAACGGAACGAACAUAUCCGAAUGCACCAGCUACGUUUAUCUGGGUCGGGAACUGAACAUGAUGAACGACCUAACCCCCGAGCUGGGCAGGAGGAGACGAGCGGCAUGGGGAGCGUACAGUAGCAUCGAGGAUGUAGUGAGGAAGACCAGGAACACUCGGCUCCGUGCUCACCUCUUCAACACCACCGUACUUUAUGCUUUGACCUAUGUUUCGGAAACCUGGGCAUUUCGCAAGCAGGAAGAAAACGCGGUGAGCGUCAUUGAACGCGCAAUUGAGAGAGUGAUGCUAGGAGUAUCCCGUUUCGCGCAAGUGAGGGACGGGAUUCGAAGUUCUCUCCUACGUCAGCGAUCGAAGAUCAGAGACGCCGCCGCGUUUGCCAGGGAAAGUAAAAUGAGGUGGGCCGGACACGUGAUGCGCUUUAAUGACAACCGUUGGACUAGAGCCGUGAGCGACUGGGUUCCCCGCGAUAUUAAGCGCACUACAGGAAGACCGCCGACCCGAUGGUCAGAUUUCUUCACGAAGUCCUUCAAAGAAAAAUAUGAUGCUGUUCGUGUCCCACGCGAAAGGAGGAACCACUGGGCUACUCUGGCACGCGACCGGAACAAAUGGAAGAAUUACCUGCUCCCGCUCGACCAGUUCGAAGAUCAACGGGAGUCAAGAUAUAUUCUCUGCCAUAUCUUGUUGGUCCUUGUUUAUGAAGGAUUUAGUAGCGACCUUUGUCGGAAAAAUGCAAUUGAAAUUGAAAGAUCCCGUGGAUAUACCUCACUUAGCGAACUUUUGAAUGCUGCAAUCAACUACAGUGUGGACCCUUGCCAAGACUUUUAUCAAUUCGCAUGUGGAAAAUGGAUAGGAGAAAGAGAAGAAACCACUUUUACGUAUGCAGAAACACAAUUGCAGAACAAUAGGGAGAAAUUAAGGUCAAUUUUGGAAGCUUUAUUCGUCUCUGAAGAAGUACUCAGCCCAAAGUCAGUUAAUGCGAUGAAGAACACAUACAAAAAGUGUUUAUCAAGUGACCAAGAUUGGGAAUUCAAAGGAGGGCCCAUCAACUUCGUUUUAGCAAGACUUGAAGGAUUUGGCUAUUUUCCGUUAAUGCAUGAUUAUGAAACGGAAACAGAUGUUGACUUGACACACUUGCUUGCAUACUUCAACAAAAACAAAACUGUAUUGAGUUCGAUACUGCCUGUUCUCACAAAGGAUGCGCAUUCUACCUCGAAACUCAUAAUUACUUUCAAGAAGAGCGACAAAUAUUUGAUUGGGGAUUUUGGUAAGGUAGAACACAAGAGGAUGGGUGAACUAAAGAAAAGCUUUGUGGAGCUGUUAUUUAAAAUGUCAUCUCGAAUCUGCAUCGAAGUACGUGACACAUGCAAUGACACUUCAAUCCGUCAGGGAAUAGGCGAGGUGCUGACUUUUAUGGAAAGAAUCAGCCGUCUUGCGCAACUGAACUUCUCCGAUGAGGGAAAACGGUAUCACUUAAGCGAGCUGGAUGUCAAUCUGUCGUCGGUUAAUUGGACCAAAUUCUUUAUUAUGACGACGCCCCCUGAUAUGCACAGUUACUUUCUUGCAGAUCCUUUGGUUGAGGUCCCAAGCAUGCGGUACACGAAAAGGAUAGACAAACUUCUGCAGAGAACACCUAAACGGGUUUUUACAAACUAUGUUAUUCUUCACUACAUUCUUUCAUGGAUACAAUACUUAGACGAUGAAUAUAGGCAACUGAUGGAGGAAUUUUUGAAGGAUGUUGGACUGAAGGGUUUUCCAGCGAAACAUGAUUUUUGUUACUUACUAAUGAGUAGGUGGUAUGAUGCAGCUGUGUUAUCGAUAUAUGGACAACAUUUUGAUGGCAGAGAUACAGAAGAACUAGCAGAAAGGCUUGUUCGCGACGUCAUGGCCGCCUUUGAAGAAGGAAUAAAAGAAAAUAAAUGGAUGACGAACGAGCAGAAAAAGCUUGCCAUUUCAAAAGCCAAUCGCAUGCGAGUGUACGCUGCUUAUGAUGACGUUCAUUUUAAUGACACCAAACUAGAUCAUCGUCACAAAAACCUUAUCGACCUUCAACAUCUAGAGUUCCUAGAUUUGGUGGAUAAGUACGAGUACAUGAGGGGAGUUGCAAUGAUCAGAAAAUUGCUGGAUUACGAUCCCGCGGAAGAUUUUACCCCUUACCUUAACAGCUUACUUCCAAGUCCAAAUGCCUUUUACGCUCCAUUGAUAAAUAUGUUAGUUGUACCUGUUACAUGGCUCCAAGUGCCCCUUUUCCACAGCGCUUAUCCAAUUUCAUACAAUUUCGGAUCAACCGCAUCCGUUAUUGGACAUGAGUUAAUGCAUGGAUUCGAUGGCAGAGGGAUGCUUCUUGACGAAAACGGAAAGCCUAGAAAAUGGGAUGGAAACGACUGGUCGCUAGAAUUUAGAAAAAGAGCAACUUGCUUGGAGAAACUUUAUAGCAGCUCUCUGCUUCCUCGAUCUACGGCGAGAACUCACAGAGAGUCCUAUCGGUCACUGUUAAAUAGAUUUCGAGACUUGGAUCCUUGCUCUGAAUAA